UUCCUCUCGGCCGACUUCAGCGCAGGCGCAGUGGCUCGGGAGGCCUGGAUUUGCAGCUGCACCUUGGCGAGGAGGUUACGCUGCCCCCCUAACGGGCCGGCCUUUUUGGGGCCGCACCCAAGCGAUGCCUCGCUAUUGCGCAGCGAUUUGCUGUAAGAACCGUCGGGGACGAAGCAGUAAAGACCGGAAGCUGAGUUUUUAUCCGUUUCCUCUGCAUGACAAAGAAAGACUUGAAAAAUGGUUAAAGAAUAUGAAACGAGAUUCAUGGGUACCCAGUAAAUACCAGUUCCUGUGUAGUGACCAUUUUACUCCUGACUCUCUUGACAUCAGAUGGGGUAUUCGAUAUUUGAAACAAACUGCAAUUCCAACAAUAUUUUCUUUGCCUGAAGACAAUCAGGAAAAAGACCCCUCCAAAAAAAAAUCUCAGAAGAAAAAGUUAGAUGAUGAGAAAGAAGUGUGCCUAAAAGCCAAGUCACAAGAAUCAUUUGCAUCAAAUGAACUAAAGAAUAUUACGGUUAAUACAGAUAUCCUCCCUGAACACACAGAAUUACUUAAUUCAUCUACCUUGGUGAAGCUACCACCUCCAAAACCAGAAAGUAUACAAAAUAACAUAUUAACUCUUAAUCUGGUUAAACAAGAUAUUGGAAAACCAGUAUCUACUUUGGAAACAUCAGUUACCCAAGACAUAGGUGGUUUUCAUACAUCUUUUGAGAAUCUAAAUUCUACAACUAUUACUUUGACAACUUCAAAUUCAGAAGAUAUUCAGCCAUCUUUGGAAACCCAAGAAGUGUUUGAAAUAACUACGAAUCAUCUUGCUAACUCAAACUUUACAAAUAAUUCCAUGGAAAUUAAGUCAGCAGAGGAAAGUCCGUUCUUAUUCAGCACAAUCACUCAGACAGUUGAAGAAUUAAAUGCAAAUAAAGAAUCUGUUAUUGCCAUUUUUGUACCCACAGAAAAUUCCAAACCAAUUAAUUCUUUUGUAUCUUCUGAAAAAGAAACCGUGGAAAAUGAAGAUCUAGACACUGAAGACUCCUUAUAUAAAGAUAUAGACUAUGAGACAGAAGUUCUACAAAUUGAACAUUCUUACUGCAGACAAGAUAUAAAUAAGGAACAUCUCUGGCAGAAAGUUUCUAAACUACAUUCAAAAAUAACUCUUCUUGAGCUAAAAGAACAACAAACUCUUGGAAGAUUGAAGUCUUUGGAAGCUCUUAUAAGGCAGUUAAAACAGGAACACUGGCUAUCUGAGGAAAAUGUCAAGAUUAUAGAAAACCAUUUCACAACGUACGAAGUUACAAUGAUGUAGAGGUUUUAAUGCUAUGACUUUUAUAUAAGCUUUUUGCAGCCAAACCAAAUUAUAUGUAAAGUGAACUUUUUCUUGUAUAAAGUUCUCAUCUUUAGCUAAGAAAGUGUUCUAACAUCAAAAACUGCCUCCUGUUCUUGUAAUGUUCAUUUUUAAGAAAAACUAGAGAGUUGUUGGGCUGUAGAGAAAAAGUUUCCCUACUUGGUAAUCUUCCAAAUUAAAGUAGAGUGAAUAAAUAAGAUGAUUCAUAAAAUGAGAACAUGGAUAUGGUGGAAGGAGCCCAGAAGAGAAAUCAGGCUCAGGUAUCAGUCCUGGUUUUACCAUUGGCCUCAGUCUGUAAUCUGUAAAAUAAGGGCACCUAUUAAGUCUAGUCUGUUUGUUUAUAGUUUCUCUCCUUUCUAUUAAGAUACUUUUUUAAUAGAAUGACUUUUUUAUAAGGUAAUAUAUACUUUAUAAUACUGUAUGUUGGCUAGUAUUUGAUGUUAUUUACUAUUGGAUUAUCCUCAAAAUUGAAUUCUGUGGUGUUUGACUUGUUGAUUACAGUUAUUUGUAAUAAUAAAGUACUCUUUUUGUGAUUUUGUUCCACUUGAACUAAAAUAACCUUCCAUUAGCCCAGUUUGUAGGAGAGGUACUUUAAACUUAAAAGAAUAUGUGUUUCAGUACCUUCUAUGUAGCUGACCAUCAUAAUACAUAGUCACUUAAUCUUAACAUUCUGUAUUUAAGGUAAUAAUUUAUAAACCAAAAAUUUUAAUGGGGUUAAUUUUUAAAAUGUAUCUAUUACUAUGUUUUAGAAAUCAUAACUUGCAUAUGUUUAAUGUGUAGCUUUUUAAAAUGUGUGCUUUUGUCAUUUUUAAAUUCCAGAAUGAUAGAGUAGUACUUGAUAUUAUACAUGUCCACUUACAUUAUUUUAUUAAAAUUUAUAAGCAAGAAACUAUAGAUAUGUGGUAAUGUUCUUAGACAAGUAGGAAAGGAAUGAUGGUGAUAUAAAUAAAAAUACUGCUUAUAUCUGUAUGAAUUUUUAAAAAUGUGAAAGCAAAGAUUUAGUGGGAACAACAGAAAUGUGAAAAAUAAUGAUCUUCUAAAAUUGGCAGUUAAUAUAAUUAAUGUUGCUGGUUAUAUUAUUGAGCAAGUUCCUAUCAGUCCAAUUCAUACUUUUCUCAUCUUUUUUUAUAAAAAAUACUAUUACCUAUCUCAGAGGGUUUUGAGAAUUCUGUGAGGCAACGUGUUUUUGGUUCUUGAAAAUAGGAGGUGCUCAAUAAACAUUAGUUGACUGCACAGCAGAUAGUACUAAUUAUUUUCAUGGUGAUUAUUUUUGGCCAAACUUCAGUUUUCUUUUAGUUUUUUAGUUGUUUUUUUUUAAGUUUUUUUUCAAGCUAAUAAAAUUAAUUUAUAUUAUAUAAAUAUGCGCUAAAUACAAAGAGUUGAUAUAGAGAUAUCUUUAUUAUACGACCAUGGGAGGAAAAAAAACUUAAAUUUUUGCAUAAAUUAUAUGCAGAUAAUUGGUAGAAUUUAUAUGUUAUUUUUAGGUAGUCCCAUGUUGCAUUUUACAGUACUACUUUAAAACAAAUAGUGUAGAUGAAAAUAACUUCGAUAAGUCAUUAUAAAAUAAUGUUUCAACUCUGUUUUUAAUUGUGUACAUUGUAAUUUCUCUUUGUUUAAAGCUGUAGUUUACUCAGGAAUAAUUUAAACUAGUUGUAUGUCUUUAAACUUAGUAAAUUAUAAAUAUUUAAGAUAUUUUCUUGGCUUGCCUGUAUUCAGUUCAGGAUGUUUUCAGCCUGUUAACUUCUAAAUAUAUUUGUGGGUUCUGCCCAACUUUAUUUCUUACUUGGAUUAUUAUAGGGUCUCUUAGCUAAUCUUGCCAAUAUUUUCAGUCCCUUCCAUAUCAUUCUAUAUUCUUCUGUCAGCUUUUUACUUCACCUGUAGACCUAACUGCAUCAUCCACUCGCUACUUAACUUUCCCAGCUCAGAAAUCUGAAAUUACUCUUGAAUACCUACAGAAUAAAGCCAAGCUUGUUACCAUAUAUGAUCCUCUGUGAUUUUCUUCAUCCUGCCACACUUGGACUACUUAGCAUUUUCCAAACAUGCCAUAUAGGUGACUUUCUUCAUGCUUAUUUUAUUCCCUAAAUUCAACCAGUCAAAAUUGCAGAUUUGGUUGAAUUUUGUUUCCCUUUUUCCAGUCAAAAUUGUUUUCUCUCUGCUCCUACAGGGCUGUUUUAUAACAUUGUAACAAUGUUUGCCUUACACUUUUCUAUAUCAUGAUAUCUGUGGCUGUUCUUUUGACUAGAUUGUAAGCUUUUUAAAGCAGGGUUUUCAUUAAUCACUGGUUUCUUUGACAAUGUAAUUCACUCAAUAAAUGUUUGGACAAAUAUUUUGAA